GCUAAUUAAUCUGGAUCUUUUCUGAUCUGAUUCCUGUUGGGUAUUUUUGGGAAGCUGCUUUCUAGGUGAGCUAACUAGGGUUUCAUUUUUGGGGUUCCAUUUUUUGAGCCACAGAAUUGGGAAAUGCGAAAUCAACUCUACUUGAAUGUAAAUGGGAUUUUCUUGAAAAGGGGUUUUGUUUGCUUUCUGAAGCUGAAUUGAACAGAAAUUGUUUCAAAAGUUUGAAUUUUGGUGAGAUGGGGUUGAAUAAGAUGGGUUUUUUGCAGUGAAGUGAUACGGAAUAAGCAGAGUAUACACUAAAGGUAUAUGGCAACUCCAGUUGAGCCUCCGAAUGGGAUUAGGACCCCAGGAAAGCAUUACUACUCUAUGUGGCAAUCCCUUUUUGAAAUUGAUACGAAAUAUGUACCUAUUAAGCCUAUUGGUCGAGGAGCCUAUGGAAUUGUUUGUUCUUCCGUUAAUAGGGAAACCAAUGAGAAGGUUGCAAUCAAGAAAAUAAACAAUGCUUUUGAGAACCGUAUUGAUGCUUUGAGAACUUUGCGUGAACUAAAGCUCCUUCGCCACCUUAGACAUGAAAAUGUGAUUGCUCUAAAAGAUGUGAUGAUGCCAAUCCACAGGCAAAGUUUCAAAGAUGUUUACUUGGUUUACGAACUAAUGGAUACUGAUUUACAUCAGAUAAUCAAAUCCUCUCAAACACUUUCAAAUGAUCAUUGCCAGUAUUUCCUAUUCCAGUUGCUUCGAGGUCUGAAAUAUCUCCAUUCUGCAAAUAUUCUUCAUCGUGAUUUGAAACCUGGGAACUUGCUUAUCAAUGCUAACUGCGAUCUGAAGAUAUGUGACUUCGGGCUGGCACGCACGAGCAGUGGCAAGGACCAGUUUAUGACUGAAUACGUUGUUACACGCUGGUAUAGGGCUCCGGAACUUCUCCUUUGCUGUGACAACUAUGGAACAUCUAUUGACGUAUGGUCUGUUGGUUGCAUUUUCGCGGAGCUCUUAGGGAGGAAACCCGUCUUUCCAGGUACUGAAUGCCUUAACCAACUUAAACUGAUUAUCAACAUCCUUGGCAGUCAGCGAGAAGAAGAUAUUGAAUUUAUCGAUAACCCAAAGGCGAGAAAGUACAUCAAAUCACUUCCAUACUCUCCCGGAACACCCUUUUCCCGUCUCUAUCCCCAUGCUCAUCCUUUAGCCAUCGAUCUCCUGCAGAGGAUGCUUGUGUUUGACCCUUCAAAAAGAAUUAGUGUUAUCGAAGCACUUCAACAUCCAUACAUGUCUCCCUUGUAUGAUCCAAACACUGACCCCCCAGCGCAGGUUCCUAUCAAUCUUGACAUAGAUGAGGACUUAGGGGAAGAGACGAUAAGGGAAAUGAUGUGGAAGGAAAUACUUGAAUACCAUCCUGAAGCGGCCGCAGCUGCUAUGGAAGUUGUUCUAUGAGCUGCUUCUUGAAAGGUUGUUGAUGUGGUGUUAGACCUUUUUGUAACUUAUCUCUAAUAAGGUUUCCGCGCUUUCAAUAAUAUCAAGUCUUGAUUCAUCGACAGUUUGAGCUGUGAUGCAUAUAAGAACUGCUUAUAUAAGCUUGAACUUUUUGAGCAUGUAACGUCGUAAUCUGUAUAUAGGUGUGGUUUUGCAAGUCUAAGGACCUUUUAUGCUUUAUGAAUGUAAGGCAGUUUUAUUUGUUGUACUGCCAUGUUUGUGAUGUUUAUUGAUGUUGGCUCUUUUAACCUGCCUUUGAGAUACUGACAUA